UAGCAGUACAAGUUCUGAAAAAAAAAAAAAAAGGGAUUUUUUAGUGGUGGUUAAACUUUCAAAAUCUCGUAGUGCAAGUAUUUGAAUUUGUAGGUAAUGUUUCUUUUAUGGCCUUUCGCACUGUUAGUGGAGUUGGAGUGUGAAAAUGGAAUCUGGGGAUAGAGAUUAUUUUUCUUCUCUAAUCAGGAGUGAGAAACCUUGAAUUACUGGCCGUUCUACUCUCAAUUAAUGGCUUCUGUUCCCAGGAAUUGCCCUUCAAAUCUGCUGUUUAUAACAUAGAAGAAAACAAAGAAUAUGGAGCUGAAGCCUAUGCUGUAAAAAUUGAGCAUGAAAGAGAAAAGGUCAGCAGUUCACAAGAGUCCAAUUUUUUGAAUUGUGGAGCAAAUUACCAUUGAAUUCUUCACAUACUCCGUUGGGAUUUUGUGAUUUUUAUUGGAGGUGAUCUCUGGUUCAGUUCUCUUGGCUUUUUUUGUGGGUCCAUCUGCUUGUUUCUCGUCUUCCUUACCUCUACACCCUGACACAUCCUGCUGCUUUCCCAUAAUUCUGUUCUACCAUCACUCCAACUGUUGGUCAUACCAAAUAUAGAAAUUAUUCAGAUCCAAAUUUCAAGAAACCGUUCUAGAAUUUUUUUUUCAAGAUUGGCUUAUUAGUUUAGCCUAGAUUCUAGAGCUAGGUUUUUCCUUUCUUUGCGAGUGUUAGAUUCAAACCAGUCUAGAUGAUUGCGGAUGAAGCAGACUGCAGCUCUGUGUGGACUAGGGAGCAGGAUAAGGCAUUUGAGGAUGCCCUUGCAACAUAUCCUGAGGAUGCUGUAGAUCGGUGGGAGAAAAUUGCUGCUGAUGUUCCUGGGAAAACCUUAGAAGAGCUUAAACUUCACUAUGAACUUCUGGUUGAAGAUUUGAAUCAGAUUGAAGCUGGCUGUGUGCCUCUGCCUAACUACUCUUCUAUGGAGGGUUCAAUAAGCCAAGCUGGCGAUGAAGGAACUACUAAGAAGGGUGGUCAAAUGGGGCACCAUAACAGUGAGUCUACUCAUGGAAAUAAGGCUUCAAGGUCAGAUCAAGAACGCCGUAAAGGAAUCGCUUGGACAGAGGAUGAGCACAGGUUAUUUCUUCUUGGUUUGGACAAAUAUGGGAAAGGUGACUGGCGAAGUAUUUCCAGAAACUUUGUUGUGACAAGGACACCUACGCAAGUGGCAAGCCAUGCACAAAAAUAUUUCAUUCGUUUGAACUCGAUGAACAAAGAUAGGAGGCGUUCCAGCAUUCAUGAUAUCACCAGUGUUGGCAAUGGAGAUAUUUCAGCGCCACAAGGACCAAUAACUGGUCAAACAAAUGGUUCUGCUGCAGGAGGUUCCUCUGGUAAAGCUGCUAAACAACCCCCUCAACACCCUACUGGACCUCCAGGAGUUGGUGUUUAUGGUCCUCCGACUAUAGGGCAACCUAUAGGAGGUCCCCUUGUCUCAGCAGUUGGCACCCCUGUGAAUCUUCCUGCCCCUGCACACAUGGCUUAUGGCGUUAGAGCUCCUGUACCAGGAACAGUACCGGGAGCUGUGGUUCCUGGUGCACCAAUGAUGAACAUGGGUCCUAUGGCAUAUCCAAUGCCACCGACAACUGCUCAUAGGUGAUAUACAUGGUUUAGCUGCAAAAUGUACAAAGACAGAAGGCUACUUGCUUGUAUUUCUGUUGGGUCAGUGGCUUCUCCAUUUUAGCCUGAAUAAAACUGCUUAUUUGCAAGCAAAAAUUGUCUGAUGUCAUUUGUUUAUUCUGGUAGCAAUAUCAAAUAAACCAAUAGGUAGAGAAACUACAUGCAUUUGUAUAGGCAGCAGCUGUGGAAAAUAUGGCAGCAGUUAUGGGUAGGACACAUUUUGGUACUUUUUUUUUGGUUUUACAUUACAAUGUUUAGUCUCAAUAGCAGUCAGUUAAUGGUAUUUUACUUCUAAUGACCAAAUUUGUAAAGAAUCCAUUUAUACGUUUUACUAUUUUGAGUAGUAGAUGUUGGCACAUAUUGUGCUUUAGCCUUUGUAA